AUGAUUUCGCAGAUUUGGCGCCAAAAGUCCAGGGCUUCUCUCAGGCGAGAGUUGAGAGUCUCGCGAGACUUACAGUGGUUGUGGCGCCGUGCUGGUGUCGCUCCGCGCCUGGUGAGUGUUGGAGGCGACCUGCGGAGGCGGCAGGCUGCGGGGUUCGAGAGCGGAAAAGGCGGCGGGGAGUCCUCCGGCGGGGACAGGGCUGCAGGGCGGGACCUCGGCUGCCGCGCAGCCUGCGAACGUCCGGGAGGGAGCCGGGCUUCUCCGAGGAGAGAUGGUGAAGGAGCUGAACUCAAUGAAGAGUCAGAGAGCAAAGAACCUGUUCCUGUCCCUCCGAAGAGAACAGUUAAAAGGAACAUCCCCAGGCUGGAUGCUCAGAGAUUAAUUUCAGAGAAGGGCCUUCCAGCCUUAAGGCAUGUAUUUGACAAGACAAAAUUCAAAGGUAAAGGACACGAGGCUGAGGACUUGAAGACACUCAUCAGACACAUGGAGCACUGGGCACAUAGACUAUUCCCCAAAUUGCAAUUUGAAGAUUUUAUCGACAGAGUUGAGUACUUGGGAAAUAAAAAGGAAGUUCAGACUUGUUUAAAACGAAUUCGACUUGAUCUCCCUAUUUUACAUGAAGAUUUUGUUAGCAAUAGUGAUGAAGUAGGGGGAAAUAACAUCCUGGAUGUAACAGCAGCUGAAUUUGAUCCCUUCCUGACGAGCUCAGUGGAGGGUGCGCGGCUCACUCCCGAGCUGAGCGGGAGCCUCACAGAGGAGCAACGGCAGAGAAUGGAGCGGAACAGGCAGCUGGCCCUGGGGAGGAGGCAGGCGAAGCUGCCAUGCAGCACUCAGGCCCUGGGAGAUGAUGUGUUUGUGGACGUGGCCGGCACACAGGCAGUGGAAGAAGCUCGCACUGUUGAGCAGGAGGAAGAGUGAAUGGGACCUGGUCCACAGCCAUGUGGCGAUGCUCGUCAGUGCCAUAGUGAGAGGAAGUGAAACGAGAGGAAAUCCCACUGAACCAGUCUUUACAAUGUACGGCUUCAAGUUGGAUAUGGGGGUGCAUAGCAGCACCCCAGCACUGGAGAGGCUGAGAUGGGAGGAUCACUGAGAGUUCAAGGCCAGCCUGGGCUACAAAGUGAGUUUGAGGUCAACCUGAAUUCCAUAGCAAGAUCCUGACUCAAAACAACAAAAAAACCCCAAUAAAAUGUACCAUCCAUGCCACACUGUUCCUGAGGUUAGUGAGACCUCCACUAAGGAAAGGUCUUCUUUACUUGACACCCUUCAAGUCUGCCAUUUGUUUUACUUUGUAUGAGAAUUCUUAGGUAGUAAAAUAUAUUUAAAACCUGG